CUGAGAUUAGGUUCGUACCUACAGACAUUAACCACAGUACUCCUCGUCUUCCCAUUCUCACUUCCGCUCACUCUUGAUUUGGUGCAUCAAGUCUCCAUAAAAAGCGACCAACACUCCUGCAAUUCCCGCACCCACCCCAUGGCGUCUCCGUUCCCUCAUGCGCCGCUGGCCUUCGAGCUGCAUGAGUCUCGGCCAGACUUCCUUCCCGAGGACUGGAGCGAUACAGACCAGCAGAUCUUCGAGAGUCUGCUGCUACCGUCGCCGUCUUCCUCGUCCCUCGCAGACUCGUCCGACUCGUCCGCCUCUAUCAAACCCGAGCCGAUAAAGAAGAAGCGCGGCAGUCGCAAGCGCGUGUCUGUGGAGGAGAAGCGCAUGAAACAUCGAGAGGUGCAGCGUCGCUUUAUGCAACGCAAGAAAGAGAUGCUGGCAAGUGUCAAGAAGUCCAUCAUUGCGCUCGAGAAACAGGUGGCUGUGCUCAAACUUUCAAGCGAGCGCGAGGCGUUGGAGACGGAAAACAAGACGCUGCAGCAGGAAGCAGAGGCCAAGGCCGCGCAGCCGGCUGUCGUCACACUGGAAGCUCUCGAGAUGAUCUUCCAGAAAGAAGCCAAGGCAGUUGAGCAACAGUUCAAACCUUUUACAGUGCAGCAGUGGCAGGAAAUCGUAUGUCAGACGCUGCAAAGUGUGGAUGGCAUUCUGACCCAGGAGGCGAUGGAAGCGUCAGGAAUGAAUGUCAUGGGCUGGUCUGACAGACGACACGUGGAGAAUACCAGUGUCAAAUUCACGCUGCACAAGGCCUUCCCGCAUAUUUGCGCCGAGAAUAUCUGGAAUAUCACGUGGCAACGACUGACUACGGACAGCUAUGCCAGUUUCUUCAGCCCUUCGUUGUUUAUUCGGAAACACUUGUUGCAGAGAGUAUGUGACGACGCGAUCAUUAUCUACCGAGUGAUCUGCUACCCUCAGACUGGGCGAGUGUCGCGUGCUAUUGAGGUGAUUAGCCGAGUGAGAAGGGAACACGACUUCGUCUACUUUGUUCGCACGCUGGACCUGCCUGAUGUGAAGGAGCGGGUAUGUGCCACAGAUGUCUGGACUCAGUCGCUGACGGUGCUGCGUUUCAUGCCGAGCGACCCGAAUCGACCGGAAGUCGGCUGUGUAGUGCAGUACGGAGGCAACUACGCGAACAUUCCCAAGGGCGGCGUCAAGUAUUGGCUCAUGGAGGUGUUGUUCCUCGUGCUACGAUUCGAGUCGUCACUGAUCUCGCCUAUGUUUUCCCUUAGCAAUUGAGUCUGUCGCUAUAUCUGUUUUGUUUUAUUCACCAUCGACUAAUAGAUCUUUAACUUAUACGAAGUAGAAAGUUGUUUAUGAGUU